GGCCGGCGCAAUAAGGCAGGCCGUGAGUGGAGCGGCGGCGCUCUGGGACGCAGCCAACCCGGCCCCGCUGUGCUGCCGGAUGCUGCCUCCCGGGCGCGGGGUUCCAAUUCUGCGCCUCCCUCCUGCCUUCCCUCAGGUCUCCUUUCCUGCCGCCUCCGCGGAUUCGGAGGGACCCCACGCCUCCCCUCCAGCGGGCCCUGAAAAAGUUUUAUGCAUGAGAAAGAAAAAUGAACAGCACCACAAUGAACGAGGAGCCAGAUGCGUUAUCUGUCGUGAACCAGCUGCGGGACUUGGCAGCUGACCCUUUAAACAGAAGAGCAAUUGUCCAAGAUCAAGGAUGUCUACCAGGACUUAUUUUAUUUUUGGAUCAUCCCAACCCUCCAGUUGUCCAUUCAGCACUACUUGCCCUUCGCUACUUAGCAGAAUGCCGUGCCAAUAGAGAGAAAAUGAAGAGCGAGCUGGGUAUGAUGCUGAGCUUACAGACUGUUGUACAAAAGACCACAACACCAGGGGAGACAAAGCUGUUAGCUUCUGAGAUCUAUGAUAUUCUUCAGUCUUCCAGCAUGUCUGACAUGGACAAUGUAAACGAGAUGAAUUCUCGGCGUCGGAAAGCUCAGUUUUUUCUCGGAAGUACAAAUAAACGGGCUAAAACAGUAGUUUUACACAUAGAUGGCCUUGAUGAUUCGUCUCGGAGAAACCUGUGUGAAGAGGCCUUGCUGAAAAUCAAGGGGGUCAUCAGUUUCACGUUUCAGAUGGCCGUUCAAAGAUGUGUAGUCCGGAUCAGAUCAGAUUUGAAAGCAGAGGCACUGGCAACGGCAAUAGCAUCUACCAAAGUAAUGAAAGCCCAGCAAGUUGUAAAAGGUGAAAGUGGCGAAGAGAUGCUGGUCCCCUUCCAAGAAACGGCGGUAGAAGUGGAACAGAACACCGACCUCCCCGAGUAUUUGCCAGAAGACGAAAGCCCUUCCAAAGAGCAGGACAAAGCCGUGUCCCGCGUUGGGUCGCAUCCAGAAGGUGCAGCCAGCUGGCUCAGCACAGCUGCAAACUUUCUUUCUAGGUCCUUUUAUUGGUGACUGCAAAUCAAGGUUAAGAGACUGUGUGAACCAACAGGGGGCCAGUUUUCCAUUGGUGUGGUGAACUGCCAAGUGCAAUUUGCAAUAAGUUAUCACAACAGAUUUUUAGACUACACAAAACAUAUGCUGUGUUUUACAUUUUAUUGGACACAUGGUCUUUUGGGCCAUUGAGAAGGAUGGAGGUCUCAAAGCAAGGUUUGUUCCUUCUCUUGCCCCCUACCCCUGUUCUCCUAUGUUUUAUUGCCUCCCUUUUUAAUAUGGGUCCAUGAUCAACCAAACCUUUUUUGAGUGUAUAAAGCUUUAAGUUAAAACUCAUGAUAAAUACAGAUAGAGUCCGUUCACCAUAAAUCUCAGGACAUCUGUGCCAGGAAGGUAUUAGUCUGAGUUUUGCAUGGAUUGAAAUGCCUUUGGUUGUGGUUUUUUCUUCAUUUUUGCCUUAUUUCAGAUUAUAUUUCUUCUCUGGAUGGUCACUCUAGAGGGAAUAACCAGAUUUCUUUGCCACUUCUUUUGGAUUUUUGUUUCCAGCUUUGUUCAGAGCCAAUGUGUCUACAUACCAUUUGUUGCUUUGGAAAGGAGUACAUCAGACUUGAGAAUAACAAGUCCUUCCAAUCUUGGAGACCCGAUCCCUUAAGUGACAGUCUAUUGCCAUUCUCAUCCUGAACCUUAGUAAUAAGAUGAAAAAAUGUUCACAUAUAUCAUAUAGUAAAUAACUGGCUGCAAGAAAUUGCUUGUUAAGGAUGGCAGCAGAUCUCUAAAUACAACCAAAAAACAGCUGUUUGCAAUUUAGCUUGGUUAAGGAGCUCUGGUCUCAAAAUUAGUGAUCUACACCGGUUAUACCUUGUUGCAGAAAUUGUCUGUGGUAGAAAGUGUGGUGAUUAUUUUCAGUCAAUGAUGAGAACUGAAAAAAGUCUGUGUCUGUGAGGAGGGUGGGGAAUAAAAUGCUGAAUUUGCCAUAGUGCCACUGCCCUUACAUGUCAAACCUUUAUCGCUAGGUGGAAAUUUAACUGUUAUCCCUGUUGCCUUUGUCAGAGUGCUUUUAUAUUCCAGUUCCUUGUACUAUGGCAGGAGAUGUGAAACCAUGUGGAAAGGCUGUAGCAGAGCUGGGAAUGGCACAAGGAUGUGCCGAUGUCUACAGAGGAGGGUGGGCCCCUUACAAAUAAUGAAGGAAUCCCCAAAGUGCACUAACCUGGUCAAGACAACCAACAAACCAACCUAUACCUGCAUAGUUGUCUUUACCUUGUGGUGGUGCAGACGAUGUAUAUGUUGACAGGUGCCUGAAUCACUGCAACUCGUCUCUGUUUAGCUUCUGGAAAAGUUAAUAUAGAUCAGGUUUCAGCAAAUAAAUAUUAUGCCGAACAA